CCCGGUAUUAUCAUUUUAAAGUGUUUUCCGCCUUGCAAUGUCAUGUAAAAAAUAAAAAAAAGUCGUAAAAUAAUUUGUUAUUGAUAUUUUAAGGAAAAUUUUUGUGCAAUAGGAAUACCGGUUAUAAUUUUAUCAGUGCAAAGUUUUACAAAUAAUAUAGUGAUAAACUUAUAAAACAACUUCGUGAUCCGCGAUGAGGUAUCAUUCUGACGAAACCACACCCUACGAUAGCUACCACUCCAACAUAGAUUACAACCAAUACGGCGAUUUCCAUCGGUAUGACGAUCAUAGGGAUUAUAAAAACAAAGAACAUUAUCGGGAAUAUGGGUACGAAGGUCCGCCUAAUAGAGAUAGCCACAGAAGUCACUCUGGUAGAUAUGGCCGCGAACAUUAUCCUGAAGGAUAUGGGUACGGAGAUCGACCUAAUAAAUAUAGAAGGGGUGGCAAUGAAUACUACAAAGUGCCGCCUUUCAUAAAAUACUACUAUUUCACCGGUAAUACUUUCCCUAAACCAGGCCAACAACCCAAGGUUGGCUCGCCGACGACCUACUGUUUGGCUAGCUCUUGUUUAACAAAUCCGUAUGAGACUAGUUGUUAUCCCCAAAUGGCUCCCUCUGGAUUACAAUAUUGUACCAACGCACGUUAUAUAUACGGCUCAGGCUUUAAUUUCGGUAAUGGCGGUUAUUGCGGUAGUUGUGGUGCAAAUCAUGGUCAAUUUUUCUGAACCUAGGUGUCAACUAUUUUUUAAUAUAAAAAGUUUUUAUUUUGAGCAAUAAAUUUUUAAUGUUACAAAA